AGAGGGCGAUGAUGAGAUGGAGAGUCCGACAGAGAACCAGGAGACAAAACCGAGCGAAGCAGAGGGAGGUGCUCAGGAAAGGGGGGAAAACAGAGGAGGGCUGGGAGACUUUUUCUUUUUUUUUCUUUUUUGGAGUCCCGUUAUUACUGGUAAAGCUGAGCUGGAGUCAGAGCGAGAGAGAGAGAGAGAGAGAGGGAACAGAGAGGAGAGAAAGCCGACGAUGACAGCGUUCGUCCUUCUCCGACUCAGUUUUGUGACCGAGUGACGGACAGCACCAGCAGCCGAAGAGGAAACUUAAGAUGAUCACACCGAGAUCCGACACCUGAAGCUUGUGCCAGACUGAACAGAAAAAUAGGAUGAAGCAAAGCCACCUGGGUAAAAUCUAUGGACUAUGAGGCUCAGCCGCUGCUUUCAACUAAAACGUUCCACUGGGGAUUUGAAGUUGAAAAUAACAUCAGGGUGUUCGAGUCUCCGCGGGAACCUGAAUGAGACGCUUCGCGAGGGAGGAGACGGGGAGAGAGAGAAGAAAAACAGCUCGCCGAGGCUUUGUGAGAUAGACGGAGAUAUCGGACCGCAUUGACGAAAGAGGAGGAAGUGAUUGACACCUGCCCUCCAGCUCAGCGUGAAGGGCAAAGGAGGGGAGAGCGAGGGGAGGGGGGGAUGAGGUGAAAACAAAAGAGAAUGAAGACAGUCAGAAAACAAGAGCUGCCUUAUUCCAUCCCCCGUGCGAAUUAGAACAACAAGACAAGAUGAUUGCAAGGAAUCUUCUCCUGUUGGUGUUCCUGUCCCUUUGGGAGGUCCUUUUGGGAGGGGCCUCGGCGAGCAAGGUGUUACGCAGGAGAGGGGCGGCCGGGUUGCACAUGGCGAGGCGAGGGGAUAGCAAACCUGCAGACCAAUGGGACGACGGCGAGGAUUCAAACGCGAUGCCCAUGGUCACUUUGAGGAACCUGAUAAAUCGCGAGCAGCUGAGCGACUCCAGGUUUCCUCACGCCAAAAUGGUUUUGAGCAACAAAGAGAGGCAAUCCCUCAAGCCUAAGCGCGAGGUCGACUCCGUCAGUAGAAAAGACGGGACGCCGGCUGCGUUGUCCAGCAGCAAGGCGUCAAACCUGGAGGUAAGGAGAGUUAAAAACGGCACGAGAAGCGCAGAGACUUCCAACACGGUGCGGUCGGAGAAAUCCUUCGUCCAUCACAAGGCGGAAUUGCAUUCCAAUAAAACCAGGGCCAAAUCCGGCUCCAGGUCCAGGAGCAGGCCCGAUUUGAGCGCCCACACCACAGGCAUGCCCGGGAAAGGGUUCACCGUCGAUUCAAGCCGAAAGCUCAACCUCACCGGGAGUUACGGCGUGCUGAAGCUGCUGUCGAAAGAGAACUUAGUCAGGAUCGUCAAUUCCCAAAUGCAGAAAGUUCCCGGCCUCGGCUUUCCGAGCAAGGGCAGCCGGAGCAGGAAGAGAGACUUGAUUGACGUUAAUCACGAGCCAUUAGAGACUCAGAGGGAGCAGAGACAAGAUAUGGCUGCCAUUCAGCCUCACGCUGGAUUCGAUAAUCAGACCGCAUUUCCAUAUGCGAGCUCGGUUACCAGCCCAGAUCUCUACCCCCGCCAGAACACCGCUACUCAUAUUAAUCUGCCGAGCGACGCCAAGCCGGCUUUAAGGAAAGGGCAAGACAGCUUGGGAGCACCGAGCUCCGACGGCGGUGAUAACAAGAGCAAACACCUCACUCGUUCCCUGUCGACACCUCGCAGCGAGGUCGGCCCCGGCCCCGAGAAAGAGGCGAUAAUCAGCCAAACGGAGCCGCCGUUUGCAUCGACGAAGCGUCUCCCUGUGUAUGUUCUCCCAGAAACAAACGAUUCUCCCCCGUCUGUGCUGACGAUGCAGCCCCUGGGAGCAAGAGGAGGAAGCAGAGCAGCAGAUUCCCGCAGAGACCCAUUAACGGAGUCGGCUCGCACCGCUAGAACCGAUCCCGGCACGGCGAAGUUUCUCACAGAUGAAGACCACAAACUUGUCAACAGCAGCCAUGUCCUGAGGCUCCAGCCCGCUCCCAAGUGGAGCCGCGGCGCAAAAGAAGCCGAAGUCCAAGCCACUGACCCGGUAAAUGGAAAUGGCCUCGUGUUCGAAGAAGCGUCGGAGUCGGACUUGGAGCGGGGGGCGCAGCGGCCUGUGGAGGGGAGGCGGUCACGCUCUCGCAGCAGGAGGAGCUGGAUCUGGAACCAGUUCUUUGUGAUCGAAGAAUACGCCGGCCCAGAACCUGUGCUCAUUGGACGGCUCCACGCCGACAUGGACAGGCAUGAUGAGAUCAGGAGUGAAACAUAGAUUGGGUCAAGCUUU